AUGUCGGGCUUUUCGACAAUCUCAUCACCGUCCAAAUCACAGAACGUUACUGAUACUCAAUGGUCUCAACGUCGCGUUCACCAUAUCCUCAGUGAGUACACCGUCACAGUACCAUCGGACUCGUCCGAGUCCAGUCAGGUCGCAGGAAAUGACGCACUUGAGCCAUCGAACCUCAUUAGUGUCUUCGAGGAGCCGUUGACCGCCAUCCUCACGUCGAGGUUCCUCAUCAAUUUGCAGAAGGUCAAGCGCAGGGUGGAAGACUCAUCUCGGUCGCUCUCCAAGGUAUCCGAGAUCGCGUUUCAGCCCUAUCACUCGGGGACUGCGGACGGUCCCAUCGAGUCAUCGCGGAUCCAGCAGUUGUCUCAUGAAGAUGAUACCGAAAAUGGUACCGGAGACGAUGUUGAAGAGCUGCCUUAG